UAUCAUUGUAGAUUUGCAUAGCCCCCAUCAUCUUACAUCCAUUGUGACCAUCCCAUCUUGUCUACUUGAUAUAAGCCCGGGACGCACGCUUUUUAUUGUUCUAGUGCCCAUCCGAAGACUUGAGCAUUCUUGUUCUCCGUCUCGCGCCAACGUUCUCUGAAACCUAACCGCCAUCACGAUGGUCGCCAGUGCACCGGGAUCGCCAGGGAUGGAAGACCAGGGAAAGAUAUUGGAGGAGGCUUUGGGGGUUGUUAAAGUCCAGGCGUUUCAUAUGAAGAGAAAUUUGGAUGCAAACAAACUUAUGGAUGCACUAAAGCAUUGUUCUACCAUGCUUUCUGAACUACGAACAUCUUCAUUGACGCCAAAGAAUUACUACGAGCUUUAUAUGGCCAUCUUUGACGAAUUGCGGCAUUUAACAACUUACUUGUACGAUGCCCACAUGAGCCACCGACACCACCUCUCAGAUCUCUACGAACUGGUUCAGUACGCUGGAAACAUUGUGCCUCGGCUCUACCUGAUGAUUACUGUCGGAUCCGUCUAUAUGCGUGUCUCAAAGGAGAUUAUGCCGCAAUCGGAGGGAGAGGACAAGGGUAAAAAAGUUAAUGGAGCAGAAGAGGGACUUAAACAACCCGAUCAAGACGACGUACCCCCCAUCAAGGAACUUAUGAAGGAUAUGCUUGAAAUGUCUAGAGGUGUCCAGCAUCCUACGCGUGGAUUGUUUUUACGGUAUUACCUUAGCGGCAUGACGAGAGAUUACCUCCCCGAUGGACUGGUGGAUGGACCUCACGGUACAAUCCACGACUCGAUUCAAUUUAUUCUGCAAAACUUUAUAGAGAUGAAUAAACUUUGGGUGAGACUACAACAUCAGGGUCAUUCUCGUGAACGGGAAAAGAGGGAGGUGGAGCGUAAAGAGCUGCGACUGUUGGUUGGAUCCAGCUUGGUGAGAUUGAGUCAGUUGGAAGCUUUGGAUCUCGAAAUGUACAAAUCCUUGGUUCUCCCGAGUAUUUUGGAAGAGAUUGUAAGCUGUAAAGACGUCAUUGCCCAAGAAUAUCUCAUGGAAGUCAUUAUCCAAGUCUUUCACGAUGACUUUCACCUUCGAUCCUUGGACGCCUUCUUAUCCGCUACAGCCCAACUACAGCGGAACGUCAAUGUAAAGCAAAUUGUGAUUAGCCUUAUUGACCGCUUUGCGAGUUACGCUGCGCGAGCUAGAGAUGAAGUCGAUGUGAAAAGCAAGGAAGAUUUGACGCUUGAAAAUGAAAAACCCGUGAGCGGCAUACCCGAUGACGUUCAGCUCUUUGAUGUGUUUUGGGGUCAAAUUACCGAGUUGGUCAAGGCUCGACCGGAGUUUACGAUUCAGGAUGUGGUUGCCUUACUGGUUUCCCUGAACAAUUUGUCAUUGAAUUGUUACCCUGAGCGGUUGGAUUAUGUGGAUAAAGUUCUUGGGUUUGCAAAAGAGAGGGUUUUGGAGGCUCAGAAUGCUAAAUCGCCAGAGCUUCAAAGCACCCAAACAACUUCUUCCCUCCUCCAACUGUUACUCGGACCUAUCCACACCUACCAUGUCAACGUCCUCACGAUCCUACAGUUCCCUUCUAGCGUCACGCAAACCGAUGGUGCAGGGGCCUCACUCUCACUGGGCGGGAACUACUCGGACCUCCUCUUCCUCCAACCUUACUCUACCCGCCGCCAAGUAGCCCACACUGUAGCGACCACCUCCCUUCGAGCCUACACGACAUCAGACUUUAUUGUCGACUCUGCUGAUGGGGUUAAUGCCCUCUUUGGCGAGCUGUGCAGUAUCAUGAUCCGCGAACAAAAGGAUGGUGGGUUAUUUGGACCUAAACCGAUUGUUCAUCAUGAUACGGAGGAGGGGCCUAAAUAUGCGGGACGGACACGGGUGGAGGAGUUGCCUUUGGAUUGGGAGGAUGUGGUUGAAGAGCAGAAUAUGGUUGCAAAGAUGGUGCAUUUGGUCAAAAGUAGGGAUGCGGAUGCUGAUAAGGAGUUUAUGCUUUUAUCGGCUGCUCGGAAACAUUUUGGAGAGGGUGGGGAUAUUCGUAUCCGGUUUACCCUUCCUCCAUUGGUGAUGGCCUCCAUACGACUCGCGAGAAAGUUCCGGGCGCAUUCAGAAGAGGACGACUCUACCAGCGAUAAACUUGCCACCUUGUUCAAAUUCAUCCACCAAACCAUUUCUUCCAUGAGUCGAGCUCGAGAGUACUUUGCCGAUGAUGACGAAGGGUCCUUGUUCAAAGAUGAUAACCCUGCACCGUCAAAUACAUCCAAGAUUGGACAUGGAUUGAUGGCUCCACCCGAUAUGUCCUUGCGAUUGUUUUUGAUGGCGGCCCAAGCGGCAGAUGAAGGAGGGUUUGAAGAGCUGUCAUAUGAAUUCUUUGUGCAGGCAUUCACAGCCUACGAAGAAUCCAUAUCAGAAUCCAAAGCCCAAUUCGCUGCCAUCACACUCAUCAUUGGUACACUAUACAGCACCACCGUCUUUGGCUACGAAAACUAUGAAACCCUCAUCACCAAAGCCGCUGUCCACUGCUCACGCCUUCUCAAACGGGUUGACCAAUGCCGUGGUGUGACGCUUGUUAGUCAUUUAUUCUGGGGGGAUGAUACCCGUGUACGUGAGGAAGGAAAACCUGUGUACCGGGACGGUCGGCGUGUCCUUGAAUGUCUCCAAAAAGCACUCAAAAUAGCAGACUCGGUCAUGGAUAAGAAUGUCAAUGUGGAGCUUUUUGUGGAAAUUUUGGAGAGAUAUGUGUGGUAUUUUGAAAAGAGGAAUGAUGCGAUUACUGUCAAAUACCUAAACUCCCUUAUCGACCUCAUCCAAACCAACCUCUCCUCCCUCGAAACCGAACCCCAACGCCCCGGUUACGCAUCCUACGCCCCCGGCCCACUCUCACCCGCCGGCAGUACCGGCUCCCUAUUCGACGAAACAACCACCAAAAUCUCGGAAACGGUCUUAAAACAUUUUCGAAAUGUUUUGGCGUAUGUCAGGGCCAAGAAGGAGGAAGAGGGCAGGGAUGUGGUUGUGCCGCCUGGUAUUGAGGGAGGGUUUUUGGAAGGGAGUGGCACGUGGAGGGAUGUGGAUGUGGGUGGACGAUAAAGUGGGAUAAUGCAGUUUGAAUUGGUGUGUUUUUUUUCUUGUGCUUUUUUCUUUUGUGUGUGCAUACGUUGUUGGAUGAAUGAUGUGGUGUACUUGUGCGAUACUUUAGAAAAUGGUUCCUGGUUUCUUUUUUGUUGCAUCAGUACGUCUCCUCUUGAAUGUACUGGAACGCUUUCUCGCGCUUUUUUGUAGUAUCGUCUGUCAUUCCAAAACAGUGCGCGAAAUAAAGAAAGAAAGCUCGAAUCAUCACAAGUACAAGAAAAAAAAAAGUGGACCCUCC